AUGUUUGAGGCACUUCAGCCAAACCCGGAGGACCAUCUCCAUCUGAGAUUGCAUCGCGCGAGACUUACCGAAAUCCGAGCUGCCCAGCGCACUUUCGAAGGGGCGUACAUGAGGACAGCCCUGUCACAGUUUUCAUUUGCACUUAUCAUCCUGAAGAUUUUCACCAGCGAGUUCUACGCGAUUGGGGCCUUAUUUGCCGCAUAUGGCGUGGCCGUCCUGGUCGUGGCUAUCUUCAGACGAUAUGAAGGCAACAAGCAAUUCUUUGACCAGGAAGAAUCCGAAUCAGAGAGUGAUGACGACGGUGACAUCGGGGAGCACCUGCUCAGCGAGAACCCCGGCGUUGCGUCUCCCCGGGGCCGUCGGCGGGUCCAGACUAUUAGGAAGAAGUUUCGGACCAGUGGCAAUAGCGGUAAGUGA